AUGGCCAAGGAAGUUCAUGCACUCAUAACUGACGGGCUCUCUCCGUACGUAUACAACAUUCUCUCUCUCCCCUCCCUCACAAAACCAUUUCUUGGCUCUCUGCUCCGUAUUGUUUCCUUUGCUUUACUCUCUCUUCUCUCUGCUCCAUAUUGUUUCCUUGGCUUUACUAUCUCUUCUCUCUUCGUUUCUACACACUUUUACUCUGUUUUUGAUCUGCUGUUUGGAGAGAGAUUCAUGGGUUUUGGAGAUUCUAACUUCGGACGAGCUUCGGAUCGUCGACUUCCUCCUGAUUAUGGUUCUGAUGGGUUUCUUACAAAGAGUCCAGACACAAACCCGUUUCUCAAGAAUCAGUGUUACAGCAAGAGUGGUGGUGCUCUGGAUUUGCGUAGAAAGCUUAACAAAAUGGGUAUCUCUUGUGACAUGAGCAUUUGGACCAUACCUGAAGAAGAACCUUUCCGGGUCGACCCGGGUGAUUUCGGGUCUAGAGCUAGAACUCUUCGUGGGUCUUCUGGGUUUGAGCAGGAGGAUCUGACUGGAGGAGCUGCUUCUCAGAUUCAUCAUGAUGGGUUUCGAAACUUUUCCUCUGUUCGUCUGCAAAACAACAACUUUCAUGGAGCUUCUUCUCCGGAAGAGCUUAGAUUGCUUGGCUUUCAAGGUUCCUUUAACCCCAACAGAUUCCAAGAGAUGAUGGCUUUUAAGAAUGUUCCCAUUGUUAAGCGUAUCUCACGUCCUAGUCUCAGAAGCGUCUCUUGUGGCAACGAUGCGUUGAUGUUUGAAGGAAAUAAGGUUUUUCGAGCUCCAGCCGCCAUAGAAGUUUACAGAAAGCUUGGACCUUUUUCUACAAAGGAUAGUCUGAUUGGGAACGAUGAGUUCAAGGGUUCGUUGAUGGCUGAAAGGAAUAAGCUUUAUCAAACCCUAUCCGCCAUGGAAGGUUCUGGAGCUUCUUAUCCAGAAGAGAGUACUCAGAUGAGAAGGUAUUUGAAGGAAGAUGAGCCUAAGAUCAAUGGUGGUUUGCCUCUGGAUCUCGUCUCAAUGGUUAACAGUUACGGAUCUGUGAACUUGAUGGCCAAAGAUCAGAUUGGUUGUCGAGUUUUGCAGAAACUGGUCGAAGAAGGAACGUUUCAUGAAGCUUCUAAGGUUAUAUUCCAUGAGAUCAUUGACCAUGUUGUUGAACUCUCCAUGGAUCCUUUUGGGAAUUACAUCGUCCAAAAGCUGUUAGAUGUGUCUGAUGAGGAACAGAGAACGUUGAUUGUGAGUGUGUUAACCUUAAAACCAAGGGAGCUUAUCAGAAUCUGCCUUGACACUUAUGGGACAAGGGUUGUACAGAAGAUGAUUGAAACCGUGAAAACUAAACAGCAGAUUGCAUUGGUGAAGUCAGGUCUUAGACCGGGCUUUCUUGCUCUUGUUAAAGAUCUGAACGGGAAUCAUGUGAUACAGAGUUGCUUGCAGUUCCUUGGUCCUAAUGACAACAAGUUUGUGUUUGAAGCAGCUACAAAGUACUGUGCAGAGAUAGCAGUUCAUCGCCACGGAUGCUGUGUGCUUCAAUGCUGCCUUAUAAACUCUGUUGGACCACAACAUGAGAGACUCGUCGCUGAGAUAUCAAGAAACGCACUUCAUCUUUCACAGGAUCCUUUCGGGAACUAUGUGGUGCAGUGCCUAAUAGAGCAAGAAGUUUCUGCAGUGAAGUUGCUGGUUCAGUUUAGACUGCAUUACGCCGAGCUAGCGACUCAGAAGUUUAGUAGCCAUGUGAUUGAGAAGUGUCUAAGUAUGUAUCCAGAGAGUCGGGCUGAGAUCGUCCGUGAGCUCCUCUCUGUUCCAAACUUUGAAUAUCUUCUGCAGGAUCCUUAUGCGAAUUAUGUGAUCCAAACAGCUCUUUCUGUAACCAAGGGAGCUGUUCGAGCUAGAUUGGUGGAAAAGGUUGAUAGGUUUGGGAAACUACAGUCGAAUCCUUAUUGCAAGAAGAUAUUCUCCAAGAGCAUCUUCAAGAUGUGACUUUGAUUAGUACCCAAAAAAAAAACAGUUGGUAUUUUGUAUUUAAAGACCGGAUAGGGCUUUAGAAAGAGACAAUCCCUUAAUGUUUUUGGUGUCAGUCUCUUCUUUCGAAGUGACUAACCUGCUAAUCUGUGUUUUAGGCCAUUACUCUUUCAUAUAGUAGAUAUAUAAGAGACUCUCUCUCUCUUUCUCUC